CACAAAAUGUUGUAAAGGACACGCAGAUUCGCCAAGUAUUGUUGGUACGUCACUUGUUAUUCAGUGUUGACAAAGGGUCAUUUGGUAAACAAACUCGUCCAAUGAAGGCUCAAAAUGCAUGACCUCUGAUCAUCGAGUAAACAAAAGCCUUCAAGGUUAGGGGUGCGGUGAACUAAAAAGGGCAUUUGAAUGGAAAGGGCAUGACCCGGGACUGCUAUACGCACGAUUAGUAAUAGUAUUAAACUUCACACAGGCUGCAUGUAGUGCAUAGUUCGCCAAUUUGCGCUGAAGGGAAAGGUUCGACGAAAGAGUGGCCGGCAACUCUGUUAAGUACAUCGAAACAAAUCUGCUUUCUGUCGUGAUUUCGAACUAGAAAACGGUACAAACCAGCCAAAGCCAACAUGCUUAAAUUUCUAGAGAACACUUGGUAUAGCGCGAAGAGACUGGCUGACGGUUAUACUCAAGACGUUGAGAGAGAGACCCAGAAGUACCAGACUCUACGAGAUCUAGAUCUGUUCGUCCUGGAUAACUCGAUCCGUGAGAGCACAGUGGGCCAGCUGCGCGGUCACACUCUGGAGGAUAAAUGGAAGGUGUUUGAUGAGGUGAGACGAUGUGGCUUCACCAAUGUAAUCGUGGCCUCCUUCUCCCACAUGACACGCGUAGAUGACGUCUUCGUCAAGCAGUUGGUGGAGAAGGGAGAGGACCGUAAUGGACUCUACGCUUUCUCAGAGAUAACCAAAGGUGCGAAAAAUCGGAUACCGAACACCGAGAAGAUUCCUGUGGGAUUGCAAAAGAUGCAGGAGACGGGUCUCUGGAACGCAAUCCUGGAGGUAGACCUGAGUGACGGCGUCUACGACUUCAGUAAAUUCACCAUGGAUGACCUGUGCGCGCUUGUCAAGAAAUGGAUCAUGUGGGUGUACGACAACCUGCAUCGAGACGCCAAGGUGUUGAUCAACCUGCGAGACAUGUCCGAUGUGAUGCCUGUGAAACCCGUCCGGGCCUUCCAGCUGGUCAAGUUCCUUGCCGAGAUGCCAGAAGAUGUCCGACCUUUUGGGUUGAUCUUCGAAGAGGCGACAGGCCUCUCUGUACCGGAGGAGUGCGGCAACUGGGCCAAGUACAUCCGAAAGAUCAUGGAUAUGAACGAAUGGAAGGGGAAACUGUUGGUGCACAUCCACGAGAAGUACGGUUAUGCCGACUCCUCACAGCUCGAGAGUUUGAUGUGUGGUGCGGAUGGCACUUGGGGCAGUAUCUGCAUUGAAGGCGCUGCCAUGGGCAACGCAUCAACCUGCGUCACUAUGAUGAACCUCAUCCGCCUUGGCAACAAGAAGAUCCUUAAGAGCUACAACUGCUCCUACCUUCGGAAGGCAGCCAUCAACGUGACUAGGAUCACCACCGACCGAGACCCGCACCUCAAGCAGCCAGUGUAUGGGGAGAGAGCCUUGGACUUCGUCUUGGGGCUGAAUAAGGAAGACUUUGACUUGGCUGACUUCUUUGGAGAAAAGGCGCCCAAGAGGAUCACUUCUUUGGCAUCCAAUGAGAUGAUCCGUCUGCAGUUGAUUGAGCUUUACGGCGACGAUCCGCAGUUCACCCUUGACCAAGCUCACAAGAUGAAAGAAGUCAUGCUCGAGGAUCUUCGAAACAACAGGAAGGAAGAGUACAUGAGUGAGGUUGGCCUGGCUCUCCUCUUCGACCGGGCCGGAGGCAAAGUCACCGAAAAGAUGCGUGACGUCAUCGAGAAGAUGAAGCUGAACAACGUGCACGCCGAGAGGAUGCUCUCCGAGGUACGUGAGAUCUGGGACACCUGGGACCUGAAAGACGAAGUGCAAGGUGAUGAAAUGCUGCAGUACGACUCCUUCUACAAUGGCUUCAUGGCGCCGUACUUUGCCUGCUACCGGUGCUCCGACACCCGUCAAGCUCUGCAGGCCAUUGACAUGGAUGCAGACGGGCAGGUGGAUUGGAGUGAGUUUCUGGUGUAUCUCAAGUGGGCCUUGCAUGAGUACCCCAACAUCAAGGAUACCCAGGAGCUGUUGGAUAUCGCGUUUAGGAAGGGGCUCAUCCCCGCCAUGAGGGAUGAACUCCUUAAGGACAAGAGCUGUUGACAUCCAGAUUAUCAAGUUAUCACAAGUCACAUCGCAAUUCAAGUCUUUAUUCAACUGACAAGCCAUGUUACUGAACUCUAGGCAGAAGUGACUAUCUAUCCAAAACAAAAGUAAUUCUUAGAUACAUAGAUUUCCUUUCAA